CCACUCCCACUGCGCCCCUCCCCUACACUGCACCACCCAUCCAAAUCCUGCAUCUCUUCUCUCUCUUUCAUCGUAUCACCGGAAGUCAGGGGAAGCAUCUCCCCGUUCCAUUGUUCUGCUGCUCAGCGAUGGUCGUCGCCCAGGCCGCAGCUGUCGUCUCGCCGGUGGUGGCCGCGGCCGCGCCAUCUGUUUCGCGGCGGCCGUCGUCGCGAGGGGCGAGUGGGACCGGAGGAGGGUUGGGGUGGCGCCGGCGGCGGAGGGGAGGCACCGGCCGCGGCCUCGUCAUCGUGGACGCAUUCGGCGGGACGUACGAGGACGGGUUCGGGGACGUGGAAUUGGAAAUAAUGAAUUACUUCACUUACAAGGCCACAAAGACAGUUCUCUAUCAGUUGUACGAAAUGAAUCCGCCAGCAUACACUUGGCUUUAUAAUUACCUCGUCGACAACGAUGCAAAAGAGGGUAUACAUUUCCUUAGAGCACUCACGAAGGAGAGGCAAGACCUGGCAGAGAGGGUGAUGGUCACACGCCUUCACUUAUACGGCAGAUGGAUCAAGAAAUGCGACCAUACCAAAAUGUACGAGAUGAUUUCCAAUGAGAACCUCGAGCUCAUGCGCGAAAGGCUAAUCGAAACCGUUGUUUGGCCAUCUGACGACAUGGACACCACCUGCAAGCAAGAUUGAUUGGAACACCAUGUUGGAGUUCAGUAAUUGCAGAACCCAUGUAGGUUUUGGGUUUAUACUUGGGUUACUCAUUUGUGUAUAUAACCCCGCAUGAAUAUAAUAGUUUGAUCUCAUCUGCGCUAUCUGGUAAUGAACAAUCAGGUUUUCCUUUGCUUGGCUUUA